AUGAAGUUAAUUUCUUCGAUUUUUGUACCGGCCUUAAUAUUUGCCCUAGUGACUCAUCACUCUUCCACUGAGGCUAAACCCUUGCUAGGCUUACUUGGUGGUGGUACUAGUGGAGGAUCUGCUAAUUUACUUGGAGGAGUACCUUUAGUGGGCGGCUUACUUGGUGGUUCUGGCUCAACCUCAGGUGGACUGGUAGGUGGCUUACCUGUGGUAGGUGGUGUGCUUGGUGGCUCCGCAGGAACUUCGGUUGGCGGUAAUUUACUUGGAGGUUUGCCUUUGGUAGGUGGUUUACUUGGUGGUUCGACAGGAUCAUCGGUUGGCGGUAAUUUACUUGGAGGUUUGCCUUUGGUUGGUGGCCUACUUGGAGGUAGUGGCGGUGGCUUAGUUGGAGGUCUACCUUUGGUAGGUGGCUUACUUGGUGGUUCGACAAGCACCAGUGGUAGUCUACCUAUAGUAGGUGGUUUACUUGGCGGUUCCGGUGGUUUACUUGGUGGCAUAGGUGGUGGACUCUUAGAUGGCGUGGUUCAAACAGUUGGAAAUACUGUUGGCAAUUUAGCUGGCACCGCCCUUAAUGUAGUUGGUACUGCUGCUAAUCUAGUUGGAAAUACGCUUGCAGCCGCUCUUAAUUUAGUCACUGUUAUACCCGCUACUGCCCUAAAUAUCCUUACCGGUACAUUAGGUUCUGCACUUGAUUUAAGUGGAAAUUCUCCUAUUUCAAUUGUAAGUUCACUUGGAACCGUGUUGGGAGAUUCGUUUGGCGGAAAUGCACCAGCUGGUAUUCAGUCUAUUGUUAUAGCUCAAGGUAGUGAAAUAGAUUCACUAUUGGCUAUACUUUAUAACGCAGUACAACUAAAGAAUGACUUAGAAGAAAGAUUAAAAACAGCUGUUGGAGCAGAAAAGGAUGCUCUUAUGGUUAAAUAUAACCAACAAGUUGCUAUUAUCACUGAUCUUGAAGAUCGUUUAACACAAAAAUCCUCUGGCUUAAAACUUCUUAUUGAUUCAGCUAACAAUGUUGCUGCCCAACUUCCCAAAGUUACUCUCCUAGAAAGCCAGGUGGCUGAUCUUAAAGCUCAGUUGGCAGCCGCUUCAGGUGCACAAAAGGAACAAAUAGUAAUUACACUUAAUGCCCAAGAGACUGCAUUAGAUAAGAAAUAUAGUGAUUUACUCAAUCAAUUGAAAGCAUUUAUCGAAAGUGGUUUGGACAAUUGUAUAAAAACUAUACAAACAACAGGUCCUUAUUUACCAGCCGAUAUGAUGUCCCUUUUAGGCAGCAAAUUAAAUGUUAUAACAUCAGCUUUAAAUAGUGCCUUUGGUGAACAAAUACCCAACCUGGGUGGUCUAAUUCCUGAUUUGGAUGGUCUUAAGGCAACAUUAGUUGCUUUAGCCCAAAAUCUUCCUGCUCAAUUGUCCCAAGUGAGUAAUUUAGUAAACACCAUAGCUGGUUUAAGCCAAAAAUUCGCCACAGCUACACCCGAAGAACAAGCUGCUAUUUCUGCUGCUUACCAACAAUCCACGGCUGCCUUAAAUGACAAUUUGUCUGCGGUAUCAGGAACAAGCUCUUCCAUUAAAGGAUUAGUUGAUUUAGCAAAAUUGAUUGCAGCUCGUUUGUCCGAUGUAAAUGCAUUAAAACAACAGUUAGCAAAUGCUUCAGCUGAUCAGAAAGCUCAAAUUGCCGCUCAAUUAGACCAAAGACAGAAAGAACUUAAUGCUAUUAUUUCGAAAAUGUUGCAAUUGACCCAAACUAUUGGAAACGAUAAUACUGGAUCUAUUAGUAUGAAUACAAUUAACAUUUUAAAUAAUGGUCUUUCACCAUUGGUAUCGUUAGCAAAGUCUGGAUUUGAAACUGUUUUAAAUACAGCAGGUGCCGCAGCUGGUUUAGCUGCUGGUUUAGUUAACGGUGCAGCUAAUUUAGUUAGCAAUGCAGCAGGAACCAUAGCAAACGGUGCAGCAGGAACUUUCAAUAUAGUGCCUGGUAGUACUACCUAUAUCAGCGGUAGUGCUCAACCAACUGUUACAUAUACUAGCAACGUGGUUCCAUCUUCUGGUAUAACAUACACCAGCAACGUAGUCCCAUCAUCUGGUGUGACCUACACUAGCAACAUAGUUCCAGCUUCUGGUAUGACCUACUCUAGCAGCAUGGUUCCAGCUUCUGGUAUGACCUACACUAGCAACAUGGCUCCAGCUUCUGGUGUGACCUACUCUAGCAGCAUGGUUCCAGCUUCUAUGUCCUACUCCACCGUUGGUUAA